AUGGAGGAGCUCGCGCCGUCACAGGGGAGUGAUCAGGUGGCCUCCGCCACCUCUGCCUUGCCAGAGUCUUCGUCGUCGGCCAGCUCUGCCAAGCCGUCGUUCCGAAUUCUAACCACACCGCAGCUUGCGCAGUGGGUUCGCGUGCACAAUCACAUGGACGUUGGCUGCUCCGGCAACACCGUCUGGACGGUGAGCAGCGCAAAGCACGGCAACGGUGUUCGCCACUUGAUGCGCCACCACGACCUCAACAACUUCUGGCAGUCGGACGGGGUGCUGCCACACGUGAUUCGCAUCCAGCUCGGCCAGCUUACCCCGGUCGAGGCCAUGGCGGUGUACGUGAACAGCGCCGUCGAUCAGAGCUACUCUCCGCGGGUGAUUCGGGUAAAGGCAGGCACGCACAAUGGGGACAUGACGGAGGUCGCCAAGGCGGACAUCGGCGCUGGUCAGGAGUGCGGUUGGGUGCUGAUAACGCUGCGCGAGAUGGCAGGAGACGACGGUGACGAUCUAGGAGGCAGUGCCAGCGAUGGCGGCGGCGGUGUCGUAGCGGGUGUGAAGGCACAGCACCAGCGGCAAGAAGUGCGUCCGCGCCAACGGGACAGCGGCGCACCGGGAAGGGGACGCCCCUCGGGCGCAGCCUCGUCGUACUCGCCGCCCAUACCGUAUAGCGAGGUAGCCGCAGCGCUGGGACAUGGCAAUCGCGCGACCUCCUCGAGCGCGGGUGCGCAGACCUCCGCCACGGUGCCGAUGAUCCCACACAACCCCGGCAACGCCGCCGACCGUUGGCUGUGGUGCACACUGAUUGACAUCUACAUCUGCGAAAACCAGUUCAACGGACGCGACUGCCACCUGCGAGGGAUUCGGCUCAUGGGGCCUCGCUACGAGGAGCUGGAGCGGGUGAGCAGUGCACACGCAACGGACACGGGGACGUGCGCGCGGCCGCUGCGGGGCGGUGAACCGCUGGAAGCCGCGGCAGAUGAGCUGCAGCUGCGCUAG